AUGAGGCAUACAUGGGAUAGGGAUCCUCGGGGAAGUCUCAGCUUUGCUAAACCAGAGAGAGUGAGAGCUGAACGAUGUGGGAAUCUUGAGUACCUGUUUCCAACCUCAAUGGCCAGAGGUCUGGUGCAGCUUCAGGAUAUUGACAUCUCUGAUCGUGCAGUGCUGGAGAAAAUCGUUGCGAGAUGGGAUGAAAUAUUAAAUGAUCAAACUCCUGACGAUCAGCUCCUUUUUCCACAACUGACCUCAUUAAGAUUCAGGAGACUGCAAAACCUGAAGAGACUUUUCCCUGUUAACUAUAGUUUGGACUGGUCAUCCUUGAAGACUUUACAUGCAUUUGAGUGUGGCAAACUGAAGAUGUUUGCUUCUGAAGCGCUACAAAGCAGUGAAGGAGAUGAUACUGGUUUUCAACAAGCCCUCGUAUCUAUUGUACAGGUGAUCCCCAAUUUGGAGGUCUUGGGUUUGGGCAUUGAGGAUGUUUUGAUAAUAAAGGAUGGUGACUUUCUUGAUGACUUAUUCCGCAACCUCAAAAUACUAUGUUUAGCGUGCUUUGGGGAAGGAUCGGUUGGUUUUCUAUCCAGAUUCCUUCUCGACUUCCCAAAUCUAAAGAUAGAAGGUCUUAUUCUGGGUGGUUUUUUGUUUGAGGAGAUAUUUCUAGAUGAAGCUGGAAAGUAUUUGAAGGCGCUUCAGAAGUUGAGAGAACUUCAGUUGGUGCAACUGUGCAACUUGAGGUAUGUUUGGAAAGAAGGCUCCUUAGCAGCUGAGAUUCUCAAGAGGAUUGAACUCUUGGGAAUAGAAAGAUGUCACCGUCUGAAGACUGUAUUUCCGGAGGCCUGUGAUUCAUUUGAGAACUUGACCAAGUUGAAUAUAGAGAAGUGCGACGGAAUAAGGUAUUUGAUGGCACCUUCAGCAGCUCGAGGUCUGCCGAAACUGGCCAGGAUGACCAUACAAGACUGCGAAAUGAUGGGAGAAAUACAGUAG